AAGCCACCAUGGGAGAUGAAGAUUGGGAAGCAGAAAUCAUCAAACCUCAUAUGUCUUCCUAUGUUCCUGUAUUUGAGAAGGAUAGGUAUUCUUCUGGAACAAAUGGAGACACUUUUAACAGGACUCCCUCUUCAUCGUCAGAAAUGGAUGAUGGACCUUCGAGAAGAGAUCAUUUCAUGAGAAGUGGAUUUGCCUCUGGGAGGAGUUUGGGAAAUAGAGGUUUUUCAAAUAAGUUUGAAGAAGGUGAUAGCUCUGGUUUCUGGAGAGAGUCUAAUAAUGACCAUGAAGAUAAUCAAACAAGGAGCAGAGGGUUUUCCAAGAGAGGCGGCUAUCAAGCUGGAAAAGAUUCAGAAGCUUCAGGGCUAUCCAGAAGAGGUGGAAGAGGUAGUUUCCGAGGUUGCCGUGGAGGAUUUGGUCUAAGAAGUCCAAAUAAUGAAUUCGACCAAGAUGAGGGUAUGCAGCGCACUAGCGGCCUUUUCGGUUCUAGAAGACCAGCAUUCAGUGGCACAGGUAAUGGUGACACUUCUCAAAGGCGAAGUGGCAGUGGAAGUGGACGAGGUAAGGUGCAAGGACCAAAAGUCACCUACAUACCCCCUCCUCCACCUGAGGACGAGGACUCCAUCUUUGCACAUUAUCAGACAGGCAUAAACUUUGACAAAUAUGACACUAUUCUUGUAGAAGUGUCAGGACAUGAUGCACCACCAGCAAUUCUGACUUUUGAAGAAGCUAAUCUCUGUCAGACACUGAAUAACAAUAUUGCUAAAGCUGGUUAUACUAAGCUUACUCCUGUGCAAAAAUAUAGUAUUCCUAUUAUAUUAGCAGGACGAGAUUUGAUGGCUUGUGCUCAAACAGGGUCUGGGAAGACUAUUGGUCUGAGACAAAUCAAAUAUUUAGUUUUGGAUGAAGCUGAUCGCAUGUUGGAUAUGGGUUUUGGACCAGAAAUGAAGAAAUUAAUUUCUUGCCCAGGAAUGCCAUCAAAGGAAGAGCGUCAAACCCUUAUGUUCAGUGCAACUUUUCCAGAGGAAAUUCAAAGGUAA